AUGGAUUUUAUUGUGGGUUUGCCUACCACAGUGGGUUGUUAUGGCUCUAUUUGGGUUGUCGUUGAUAGGCUGACCAAGUCUGCCCAUUUCAUUCCGGUUCGGGUGAAGUAUACGGCAGAAAAGUUAGUCGAGCUAUAUAUCAGUCAGAUUGUGCGACUACAUGGAGUUCCUAUUUCUAUCAUAUCAGAUCGAGGUUCACUAUUUACUUCUCACUUCUGGAAGGCAUUACAACGUGGUCUGGGUACUCAGUUAUAUAUGAGUAUGGCAUUUCACCCUCAGACAGAUGGUCAAUCUGAGCGGACCAUUCAGGUAUUCGAAGAUAUGCUUCGAGAGUGUGUGAUCAAUUUUGGUGCUACAUGGGAUCUACAUUUACCCUUUGCAGAGUUUGCCUACAAUAACAGUUAUCACUCUAAUAUCCAGAUGGCCCCAUUUGAGGCGUUGUAUGGCAGAAGGUGUAGAUGUCUGAUUGGUUGGUUCGAUUCGGUGGAGAUGGACUCUUUGGAUACAGAUUUGCUUAGAGAUGCUAUGGAGCAAGUUCUUAUGAUUCAGUAUAGACUGUUGAUACCUCAGAGUCGACAGAAGAGUUAUACAGACCGGAGAUUUAGAGCCUUAGUGUUUAUGGAAGGUGUUCAUGUUUGGCUCCGAGUAUCACCCAUGAAGGGUGUGAUAAGGUUUGGAAAGAAAGUUCAUCCUGUUUUCCAUGUCUCUAUGCUUCGGAAGUAUAUUUCGGAUGAAUCUCAUGUGCUUUCACUUGACUCUGUGGAGUUGGGUCCAGACUUGACAUUUGAGGAGGAGCCUAUAGCUAUUCUGGAUAGGCAGGUUCGAAAGCUUAGGACCAAAGAGAUUGCUUCAGUGAAGGUGCAAUGGGAGCACCAAUCAGUGGGAGAGGCAAAUCGUAGGGCACUUCAGUACUUGACACUUACACGACCUGAUCGGUCCUUUACUGUUAACAAAGUGUGCCAGUACAUGCACAUUCUCUCUAUAAGCCAAUGGGCAUCUGUGAAAAGGAUACUACGAUAUCUUCAACAUUCCCAUCAUGUACAUCUGUAUAUUCCUAAAUCAACUUUUUUCUCACUGCAAGCAUUUUCGGAUUCAGAUUGGGCGGGUUCCUUGAAUGAUAGAAAAUCUUCUGGCGGCUAUGCAAUAUUUCUUGGUUCCAGUUUGUUGGGAACUGUGCACCAACUUUGUGUACCUUCUCCAGCUGGCAGUCAACGAACUAUUCAUGUUGAGAACUGGGUACCUUCACAAGGUCCCUGA